AUGAUCCAGAAGUUUGCACCUGGACCGGCUCUGUGGCUGGACUUUGCCCAGGUCUACUUUGACAUGCUGGAAGCAGACCCUCUUCUUCCUCCAAGGCGUCUCAGGGCUCCAAUGGCUUUGAUCAUCAUCUUCCUUUGUCCAUAUCUGGGCGAUCUCAGCCCCCUUCACCGCAGCUUUUGGAUCAUCGAUCCGUUAAGGCCUGUGACAAGGGGGCUGAUUGGUCGGCAGCAGCAUUUGAUGGGUGAUCUGUUAACCACACGCUACGAGGUGGUCCGGGAGCUGGGCAGCGGCGGCUUUGGAAAGGUGAACUUGGUGCGUGAGAAGGCCACAGGUUUGAUGCGGGUCAUCAAGACGGUGGACACCACGAAACUCUCUGAGCGCCUCCUGGAGAACAUGAGAGAAGAGAUCCAGGUGCUCCGAGCAUUGGACCAUCCCAACAUCAUUCGACUCUUUGAAUAUGGCGAAGAUGUGGAGAACCAUAAGAUUCACCUCCUCAUGGAAAAGUGCUCCGGGGGCGACGUGGACGAACUUUUAGAGAAGGCGGGCUAUUUGUCGGAGGACUUGGUGGCGCAAUUGACGCGACAGGUCUUGUCCGGCAUCGCUUUCUGCCACGCACGUGGAGUGGUCCACCGGGAUUUGAAACCCGGCAAUGUCAUGUUGACCUCUUCAUUUCUACGUGAACUGCCCCCAGUGCAUCUUCAUGGCAGCCCCUGCUAUGGCUGCGUCAUCCUCUGUCAAGAGAGCACCUACGACUGCAAGAUCAUCGACUUCGGCUUAGCCAAGACCUACGAUCCCAGCGAUCCCAGUAGCGGCAUCAGCGACGUGAACGGCACGCCGGCCUACAUGGCACCCGAAAUCUGCUGGCGCCAAGGUAAGUACGGCGCCCCCAGCGAUGUGUGGUCCAUUGGUGUUAUGUGCUACGAGCUGUUGACGGGCUGCCUGCCCUUUGGUGAUGCUUCGGACUAUGAUGGUGGCUUUCGAGAGCUCUUCGAGAUCACCAAGAAGUACGAGAACAUGGACUCCUUUUGGCAGUUGAUGCCGGAGGAGCACUGGCAGAACGCCCGAACACUGUGGGAGAGCCGCAGCGUCGGGGUCAAAGACUUUGUGACCCAGCUCUUGUUGCGCGAUCCAACGACCAGGUACACGGCCCAAAAGGCGUUGCAACAUCCGUGGAUUGCUAGCUACAAACAAGAGAGAGACGGUCUGAGCUCCAAACUCCUCGAGUCAAUCAAGGCCUAUGCACAGGCGACAUACUUCGUCAAGAUCUGUUUGCUGCUCAUUGCGGCGCGUUUGGACGCAGAGACGUUGGAGCCGUUUCGCCAUGCCUUUCUGGGCGUGGACACGGAGGGAAAUGGAAGCUUAUCCAUGGAGGAGUUUCUGGAAGCCGUCGAGAAUCUCCAAGAUCGAAGAGUUUGCUGCGGGCACAGCCGUGGGCAGAUUCACCGCUGGUUCCAACAGAUCGAUUUGAACAAGGAUGGUCGCCUGGACUACAGCGAAUUCCUGGCGGCGUGUCUGCAUUCCAAGCUCCAUCGUUUCGGCGGUUCCGGGGAGUCCGGGGAGGUGCUGGCUUCGCAGGCCUUCCAAGUGAUCGAUGCGGACGGAGAUGGCUGGGCGACCUUGAGUGACCUGGAGCACUUCUUCCACUCAGAUGCGAAGACCUUGGAGCUGGACGGUUUGUUGCCACGUGAGAAAUUCGAUGUGGGCUUCCCAAGGGUUAGAAGGAUGUCUGAUCUCAACUUUUCCAUGCAUGGCUUCAUUGUCUCGUUGGCUCUCCAAGCAAGGCAUUGCAUGAUGGCAAUCAAGAAGCUGGUGGAGGACAGGAGGCACUUGGAUAUCAAGAUCGCGUGUAAAGUGAACACUGGCAGUCAGCGGAUCCAGUCCCAUGGCUGCCAGGUGGUGGAGCCGGUGGUCUCCAGGGCCUCGAGUUCCUUCGAUGCCUUGCAGAUCAACGGCUGCAAGGACGAGGUGGUGGGGCCCAUCAUUCGAGGCAGCUAUACCUUGGAGGAGAAAAAUCACGACCGACCCGUCUUUCGAAAGGAUGAGAAGGUUGGAGCCAAAGCCCUGGACGUCAUGCUGUACUUCUGGGAAGACAAGGAGAGUCCUGACUUUUCGGGCUGGUGGUUUGGUCCCCACAUCGGCGGCGAUGAAGUCUGGGCCUUCCAUCCAGACAUCUCGGCGAAGACGCCACCCACCAGCGGCUGGCAAUGUCCAUUCGAUGGCCCCAUCGAUUCCAGCAUCGAGAUCGUCCCGAAACUGGUGAAGGGCGCCCAGACGCCCGGCCGCCAGCCGGGCACGGCGCGGAAGGAGAUUGUGCCGGUGUUGACGGCCGCAGAAAGGGAAGCUCGAAGGAUGAAGGAGCUGGAGCUGAUGCAGCAGCACGAGGAGCUCUCGCGGCGGCUCAUGGAGGAACGCAUCAAAGUGGCCAUCCAACGCCAGGAGGACUUUGAGCGUCGCAAGCAGCAGGAAGCAGAACGAAAGCAACGUGAACACCACGUGCAGCUUCUGCUUCGCCGUGCGCUGCAGAAGUUGCGCCUUGCUAAACCUGAGACCUUCGGCGAUCUCAUGGAGGAGGUGGAUCACCUGCUGCAGACGGAGGCGGAGGUUCUGAGCCGCGAGACGCGCUUUGAGGCGGAGAAGGUGAAGCACGACGCCAAGCGCCGGGUCCUGAAGAUCAAUCAGUUCAACCAGCAAGCAGAUCAGAAGAAGAAACAAGCUGAGGAAUGCCAACGGCAGCAACAGGAGGCAUCCAAGAAACUUCUGGAGCAACUGGAGCAGUUGGUGGAAACAGUUGAGACCUCUGCAGAGAUGUUGGAGGUGAAGAUGAAUAGCAUACAAGGAGAAGGCUUGGAGGCACCCACCGAUGAGGAACUGGAUGCCUUUUCCGCGUCCAUCGUGGCUGCUGAGCAGGAGGUGGAAGCCUCGUAUCGCAGCUGCACGGACUUCCUGCGGGAGAACAACCAGGCCAUCGAGGAAGUGGAAGAGCACAACGGCAAGCCCGGCAAGGAGGCGGCACAGCAGCUGCUGAAACGCGCCAAUGUGGCGAAUGCCAAGCGCACGCAGAUCGCCUCGGGAGGAAUGAGCGCCAUUCGCGAGUUGGCCCUGCAACGCCACGCCGCCUUGGUGGAAGCGUUGGAGCGCCGCAGCCUGGCGGAAGCGCUGUUGGAACGCGAAUACGCCAUCUUCAAACGAUACGACUCGGGUGGGGAGGACCGAAUGACCAUCAGCGAUGCCAUGCACUACGCACGAAGCGAGUUUGGCUUCGAGGUGUCUCCAAAAGACUUGGAGAGGCUAUUUCAGCAACUGGCAGAAAGGUGGGACAAGUCCUACGCAGAAAGUUUGCCCUUCGAGCGUUUCCAUGACCUCAAGGUGGCAGUGGGCAUUUUUCGAGAAAUCGCUGGGAACUGUACCAAGCGCGCCGCGGUGGCCUUGAUCUUCCGGGUCUCCUGCGAUCACAACGGAGGGCCAGCAGGGCCUCAGGCGGAAUCGCCCUCGGACCUGUCGGAGGUGGAGCUGCUGUACAUCCUGCGCACGGCGCGGCAAGGUGACAAAUGGAGUGGCCACGUUGCUUUCCCCGGCGGAAAGCGUGAAGCAUCGGACAAAGACGAUCGAGCUGCCGCGGUGCGGGAAACCGAGGAAGAGAUCGGACUUCAUUUGGAAAGUCCCGACUUCCAAUUCCUGGGUCAGCUGGAUGAUCGUGUGGUCACAGGCGCUGGAAAGGUCAUUGAUGGUUUUUACUUGGCUCCCUUGCUCUGGUUUCAGCGCGCUCCCACGACGCCGCAACUCCAGAUGCAAAGCUCCGAGGUUGCGGCUUGGCGCUGGGUGCCCUUGUCGACCUUGACUCCUUCCACAGUGAAGUACGAAGUGCCCUUGCAGAUCACCCGCGACUUGGCCAGCAAGGUCUUUGGAUUCCCAAGCACCGUCCUGCCAGCCAGACUUCGUGAUGCCCACAUGCCCUGCAUCGACCUUGAGGCGAAGAAUUCAGAGUCCACCAGCCAUCAGGUUGUGGCUUGGCGCUGGGUGCCCUUGUCGACCUUGACUCCUUCCACAGUGAAGUACGAAGUGCCCUUGCAGAUCACCCGCGACUUGGCCAGCAAGGUCUUUGGAGCCUCGGCAGAUGAUUUGAUGGAAUCUGAAUGGAUUCCCAAGACGUCCUGCCAGCCAGACUUUCGUGAUGCCCACAUGCCCUGCAUCGACCUUGAGGCGAAGAAUUCAGAGUCCACCAGCCAUCAGGAGCAGCGCUUCCGGCUCUGGGGGUUGACCUUCCGAGCCACCUCGGAUGCCCUGGUGCUGGGCGAGGAGAAGGAAUUGGGCUGGCCACCAGUGAAGUUCAGGUCUGCAGGAGCCAAUUUUUUGCUGGCCGCCUGGUGUGGCGUCCAGGAGCUUCGGAGGAAGCGACGAAGCAAGCGACAUCUGCUGGCCUUGCUGACGUGUUUCAGCCUUCUGGCGCUCAUUCUGAGGUUUUUCGGUCCUGACAGGCUUUUGCGUUUUGCCUUUCUCUCCAUGAUGCAUCCCACCGCAGCUGUGCCCGCUGUGCCCGUGCCGCCGGCGUUGCCCACGGCGAUGCAUGCCAUGCGGGCCACCAUGCGGGCGGCUGGUCCCGGACAACGGCGUGUCCAGCCGGUGAUGCUGUGUGGAAAAAAAGGUGGCGACACGCGAAACGGCUGGAUGGAUCGGUUGCUGUUGGUUUUAGACUUGCAGGCCAGAGACCAGCAGCGGCAGACCUCCAAGCAGGAGCGCAUUGCCAUGCUGGGUUACACCAUCGGCGAGAUGGAAGCCUUGUUCGACAAGGCUGAGGCUGCUUGCUACGAAGCCAAAGAGGAAGCCGAUAGGCUUCCAGAGCUGAGCAGCGGCGCCACAAGUUCUGAGUUUGCCGAGCUGUGUCGCAAGGUGGCCGAGGCCAUCGCAGCGGCAGAGGAGCAGCUGGAGACGGCCAAGAAGGAGGCGGAGGGGCUGAAGCAGGGCGACGCAAACGGAAUUCUGGAUGAUCAUAGGAUUGAAUCCGUACGACUUUUGUCGAGGUUUAUGAAGCCAAAGCAGCAGUUAACCUCGGCCAAGUUCGUGCUGGCUCACUGGGAAAAGCAGGUGGCUGUUACAAGAGCCGCAGAGGUACAGGACUUUGGCAAAAAAGCCUGUGCAGCUCUACGUUUAGCCUCUCCAAAGGCGCAGGGAAGCGGCACAGAAUUGUUGGAGGGCCUAGGUGAUCCCGAGGGUGAUCCCUUCGACAAGGAUGAUGUGGCCGGCUUUGUCAGGCUGCGAAUGCAGGACGAAGCUCCGGAGGAGUUGGUGAUGAGCUGGUUAGAUUACCUGACGCAGAACAACGAAUACAAAGAGAUCCUCACGCGUGAGGAACUUUGGAUUCUGAUACGAGUCUGCUACAAGGUGGUGAAAUCCACCGUACUGACCACCGACUUGAGCGCCAUGGACAGUACCGUCUUGGCCACGUUGGAGGUGGGGGAGGUGGUGGAACUCAUUGGCGACGACUCGCACGCCACCGAGGAGUUGGACCUGCAUCGGAUACGCGUCCGAAGGUUGAAAGAUGGACAAGAGGGUUGGGUUACGGCCCGCGGCAACGCCAACAACGUCUUUCUGCAGUUGGGCGGCGACCGUCUCUCCGUCGUGAAGGAGACCUCCUUAACCGAUUCACUUUCCAUCAGCGGCCAGGAUGCCUUGAGGCAACUCCGGGUCGGAGAGAUCUUGGACAUCAUGGGUGAAGAAUCCAUUGAUGAGGUCUCCGGGCUGCUGCGUGCCCGUGUGCGAGCGCAAAGCGACGGCUCGGUGGGUUGGGCCACGAAGGUGGGAAGCACCGGCACGACUUUCCUGCGCCAGCUCUGA